ACAAGGACUCAUUCCUUCAUGAUAACAUCACACAUUACUGAAAAAUCUUCUAUUUCAGAUCUUACUUUCAUAUAACUGUGAGAUUUCUAAAAAAGACCAAACUUCAAAAUCAUCUCUUCACUGCCUGACAUGAAGGCGACUCCACCUGAGGGCUGACACAUGAAGGCUGUGCUGACCGUGUCAUCACUCGGAGGUCAUGAACGCUGAUGGAUGAGGUAUUUUUAGCUUUUGUUGGUGCACACAGACGGAGGAUAAAGGAUGGAAAUUGGGUUCUCUAAUUUACGGCGGUCCACAGCAGAGGCAGAGAAAAAUCAAUGGUCUCCAUCAGAGGUCCAGAUUGAUCUCCUGAGUGCGGGGUCACACCGGUGUGAUCUCCCUCACACCUCCACAAAGGACUCAGGCGAGAUGUGGACUGACUUUUCAGGUGAUUUCAUGCUGAGAAUUUGGUGUUCUGCAGCUAACUGCAGAGUGAAUAAUUGCAGAGUAAAGACUUCUCCUUAUGUUUGAGUCAAGUGAGAAAAUGUGGUCUGUACCCGGAGGUGAGCAUGCGUCUGUGACAAGUGUGUGACGGAAAAGAGGAGGGUUUAGAGAAGAGAGAGAGAGAGGGAGAGAGAAUAGACUCAUGACAGCAGAGAUAGAGUGUAACACACACACACACACACACACACACACACAGAGAGAGAGAGAGAGAGAGAGAGAGAACCAAGGACAGACAGCACUGAGGGGAGGGGAAAACACACUCACACUCUUCGUCACACCUUCCCCACAGCCUCACACAGCUUCUGAGAGAGAGCCAGAGCACAUCUUGACUCUGUGUGGAAGAUGCAUGUCUACAUCAGAGGAGCAUCCAGGACAGGAGACUAAUACAUGCCAAGGACUACAACGACCAGAGAGAGCAGAGUGAGGCCAGAGGGAAGGACAGCAGCAUCCAGAGAGGGCACAGCAGAGAGGAAGAGGAGGAGGCAGCAGUCGUUGGUGCCUUUUAAAGGAUCUCAGCUACAAUCUUUAAAAUCUGCCUCCAGGGUUUCUCCUCGGUCUCCUCGGUCUCCUGCUGCUCGCCGUGAGGUCACAGUCUCCUGCUGCACGGACUUCUUCUUCUCAGACCCAGCACCAUGAGCGAGGCGAAGAAAGGUGAGCUCGCCAUCCGGGAUAAAGCCAUCCUGCACCAGCAGAGGCGUCUCAAGCAGGCCACGCAGUUCACGCACAAGGACUCUGCUGACCUCCUGCCCCUGGACGGGCUCAAGAGGCUGGGCACGUCCAAAGACCUGCAACCUCACAGCAUCGUCCAGCGCCGCCUUCUGGAGGGAAACAUCACACGUCUGCGAGGGGAGGCCAAAGACGCCGGCAACAGAGUCCGCUCCCCGCUGGCCGACAACAAGGACGGGCCCGCCGAUGCCGAGGAGAGGAGCGAGAGCACAGCGGACGACUCCACGGAGGAGAGGGAGUCUUUGGAAGAGAGCGAGAGGAGCUUAAGGUCGGACGAGGAGGACGACAGCAGUGAGGCCGGAGCCAGGCCGAAGACGGAGGGCACGGAGAGCUCGACCCUCCUCACCGCUCUGGUGGUUCAAUGCAAGUGCUGUGAGACUGAAGUCAAGGCAUCCAUCAACACCGGCAGCCAACACAACCACAUCUCCACCUCCUGCUGCCAGAGGCUGGGCUUGGUGCCCGGUGAGGACAGCUCGCCGUGCGGUGUGAGCGGCUCAGUGACAGGUCUGCAGCUGCAGCUGGGCCGACAGAGAGUCCAGUGUUCAGCUUACGUCAAAGAGGAUGAGAUGUUCGAGCUGUGCCUCGGUCUUCAGACUCUGCUGGAACUCAAAUGCUGCCUGGAUCUGAGCAGUCGGGUCCUGAAGCUGCAGGGCUGUGGCGAGGAGCUGCCCUUCCUGAACCCUCCACCAGACAGCCAGUGCCAACAUGACACUAACAAGAACCUGUGAGCCCGACACCACGGAGGCGACCAAUUUUCUCUAAUCUCAACCGGUUGCAGCAACGAGGCGGGAUGCUGUUAGUGUCUGGACUGUCUGACCACAGUGUCUCACACUGCCAGAACACGGAGGAGCAAUCGCCGCUGUUGUCGUUGAGUUUACAUCAUCGUGUUUGUGGAAUCGAGACAUUCACUAUGAUUAUCUCUUUUAUUGAAUUAGUCUUGUUAUCAGAGCGGAUGAAGCCCGUUAUGAGCCGAUCAGGUCUCUGUGAGUUUCGUCAUUCUUUAUGAUUAUACUGUAUAUCCAAUCCAGUUUCUCAGUUGAUUGUUUCGUUGAUGGUCUCGAAAAGGGAAAAAACAAUCAGUUAGAUUUUUGUGAACAUUUUGUAAAUUGGCUGUAAAAUUACUUUAAAUUAUCAAGUAAAUGAAACGUGUUAUUCUAAAUCUUAUCAGUUUAGAUGGUUUUAAAAGAAAUAGUUUUAUACUUUGAUGAAAUUUUAAGAGACGUCCUGCUAAUGUGUUAUAAUGAACAUGAAGCCACGGUCACUUAGCCCUGCAAAGAGGCUGAAGCAGGGGAAACAGGUAGCCUGGUUCUGUCCACAGGUAGCUAAAUCCAUCUAUGACCACUCCUAGAGCUCACAAGUAAAUCUGCCUUAACUUUCUUUACACAGAUCUAUGAAACCACCACUCAUGAUUUCAUUGUGUUCAUUUUAGCUUAUUAAAGAGGUAGUUUUCUUAUUUGACAGAUAAAUAUUCAGUUAAAAUGUUGGAUGUCUCCACUAAACGUGGGCAAAGUGUCAAAUUGUGAGGUAAACGUGUGUUGGAGUAAUCACCAGAUGAGACUGCAGGCUGCUCUGAGACGCUAGUUAAAAAACUGAAAGUGAGAUUUGCAUGAGACACAAUUUGUUCAAUUUGUGACAUCACUAGUUGGUGAAUCUCCUUAAAAGGGCAUUAAAAACCCACCCAACUGCUCUUUCCUUAAUUGCUGUUGAAACUUUCCAGGUCAGAUUUGGGGUCCGAACACACGGCCUUAUUCUUUAGUUUGUCAUUUCAAAUAGAGAAACACGACUUUGUUGCAUGGCAGCAGUAGAGGAGGCUUCCGGAAUGCUUAGUUCCAGAGUGUCUUAAAGAGACAGUAGCUCAAAUAAAGCAUUUCAAACAGAGGCUAAAAUUAGGGUUUGAAAGACACCAGCCUGAGAGAAGUAGAGAAUUGUUUGAUCUGUAAACGAUGUGAAGCUACUACAGAGCUAUCAGAAGGACAAUGUAAAGAAAUCAAAAUUAGCAUAAUACCCAGAACUCUUUAAAUAAAAGAAGAUUCUUCUUCAGAGAACUGAGCGAUUAUUCAGGUCUGCUCUGAAUUUGUAUAACACCUCUGGGAAUGCGGACGCUGUUUUAUUCAUAACUUCAGCUCUACUUUAUUUCUUCAGUAAGCCCAGAUAUUUUUCUUCUUGCUAACUUUUUAAAGAAAUGGAGCAACUUCUAUAUUCAUCCAAUAACUGUUCUACUUUUUAUUGAGUUGAGCUGAAGAAAUAAUAAAUCACUCUUAUCUGUUAGUUUACCAUUCUACUGUCGGCUCAUUAUCUAAAGCCUACAGUUAUGAAGUGGAUCAUGUCUGUGAGCUAAUGAUUUUAACUGAUGGUCCAUUAGUUAACACAUUUGCAAAGUCUGCUAAUUACUUACAUUAUUACAAAUGGUUUUAUUAUUUAAGCUAGUGGUUGAUAUCAGCCAUUCAAGCUUACAAUGUCAGCUGUUGGCUCUUAAUUUUAGCUAACUAUUUCAUCUGUUAGCUUAAAACUUUGAGCUAAUGUUUAAACAGUUAGCUCAAUUAUUUUUGGUAACGUUUUCCAAGUGUUAGCUUAAAACUUUAGCAAAGUUUGAACCACUGGCUCAAUUAUUUUUGCUAACUUUUCAGACUUUUAGCUUAAUACUUUGACCUAAAGUUUCAACAGUUAACCCAAUUUUUUUGUAACUUUUUCCAACUAUUAGCUUAAAACUUCUAGCUAAUUUUUUAACAGUUAGCUCAAUUUUUUCAUUUUGUUAGCUUAAUUAUUCUAGCUUAGGUUUAAACAGUUAGCCCAAUUUGUUUUGCUAACUUUUUCAACUAUUAGCUUAACACUUCUAGCAAAGGUUUAAAAGCUAGCUCAAUUCUUUUUGCAACGUUUUUCAGCUUUGAGCUAAAUAUUUUUAGCUAAUUAUUGAAACAGUUAGCUCAAUUCUUUUUGCUACCAUUUUCAACUAUUAGCUUAAUACUUUUAGCUCAUUUUCUACGGCUAGCUUAAUUCUUUUUGCUGACUUUGACUGUUAACUUUCUAAUCUAGCUACGGUUUUAACAGUUAGCUUAGUUUUGUUUAGCUAACUUGUCUUACAUUGGUUUAUUAGCUUCAGCAAACCACUUUAUGCAGAAAUCUUAAUCAUGUUUUUUCAAAUUUUCAUUCAUUACAUGUAGCUCUAACAGUUGACCUAUGACUUGCAGUUAUUUCUUGCUUGCUUGAUUUAAUGUUUUGAAAUAUUCUCUUUUAGAAAAAAAUAUCAUAAAUUUAAAAAAUUAAAGGAUGAGCUACCUAACAAUCUUGACACUUCCCCUGUACCCCUGGUUGGAUAUCAUUUGAUUAAAUAGACGACACAACCUGUGUCUGGUGUUGAGUUUUUUGAGGUGUAAGCAGGUCAAUUUGGUUAUUUUUUGACAGAGCCAGGUUAGCUGUUUUAGUAAAGUCUGUUGGCUGUAUGAUUAGUUUGAUAGUACCAGUCAGUUUUAAGUGUGGUGUUGAUCCUCUCUCUGGCUAAAAUACAAAAAUUCUCUUCAUUUAAGAAUCGUUAUCAGAAAAGUACUCAGGACGCUUUUUCUAGUGGGUUAAAGAGAAAAUGUAGAAGCCUUGAAGUUUUUAAAGUCUUGUACAACUGGGUCAGGAUCAGGCUACCUCUUUGAGCAACAAGAACAGGUUUCACCAAGGAUUUUUAAAGAUAACACCGAGGUAACUGAAGUACUUAUGCUCAGCUUUGUAAAGCCCCUUUGCUCUUUCUUCCCCCACCAGGGAACCUGUUUGAUGAAACUUUCCAGGAGCUCUACUACAGUCUGUCACCACAGCUUAGACUGAAUUCAAGUAGUUCCUUAUUAAUCCUCAGAUAAAAAUAGACUUCAGGCCAAGCUAACAUAUUUGAGUCAGGCGACAGAAAUAUCAAAACAUUCCAUCUGCAUGACUUUGUAAAGUUCUGCCUUUGUAUAAGUCUGCAUGUUUGUGUACUAGUCUGAUUGUGUCACGUUGAGAGUCUGAAGGGGUUUGUGUUUCUGUAAGGAGUCAGGGCAGAGGGUUUCUGCCUUGCUCUGGUUUCACGUGGGAUAAAGUGGAGUAUCUCCCCCAGACCGGUCCACCAAACUCAGGCAGAAAAAGCUGCCACAAGCCGACCCCAGCUGCCUUCCCUCUCUGCCUCGUUCAUUCAGGAGAUUCUCAUCACUCGGCUGAGGUUGCUUUCUGUGCCAAGGCCCGCUCUUCAAGUCAUCUUCACUGAGAGGACCGGUCUUCUUUGUGUCUCCACCAUCUUUUUAGGCUGUUAUUAACUCUGACACCUACAGUUUGUUGAUUCGACUGAAAAAGAAGUCCCCACUUUAGUGCCACCUGCCUUCUUGUCUCUGUGUUCUCAUAGCGUGGAGAGUCUGGCCAUCACGCUCUGCUUUAACACCACCUGAGCAGCGACAUGCUUCUGACUGUGCUACAGCGCCCCUCUCACCUCCUCACUGAGGUGAUUCACGCUUAGUUUUGGCGAUGUUUGUUUCUCUUUGACGUACUCGUGACCUUCCUACGCCGUGUGAGAGGACUUGAUGUAUGACAGAAAUUUAUUUUUGGUGUUUCUCUUCUUCUGAACAGUAUUUUCUCUGCCUAAUAAAAUAUGUAUUCUGGCUA